AUGGAGAUAUUUAUAUUCCUUUAUGUUGGGAUAGAUGCACUGGAUAUAGAGAAGUGGCGAUUCAUAAGCCAAAGUCCUGGAAAAUCAGUUGGGAUCAGUUCAGUGCUUCUAGGACUUAUCCUAGUUGGAAGAGCAACAUUUGUUUUCCCUCUCUCAUUCUUAUCCAAUUUGCUCCAGAAAUCCCCACAUGUGAAAAUUGACAUGAAGCAACAAGUCACAAUUUGGUGGUCUGGUCUCAUGCGAGGUGCUGUUUCUAUAGCACUUGCUUACAACCAGGUUACUGUAGAACAACAAUAUCUCAGGUCAAAUUCUGCCAGAGUUUGGAACCCUUCCAAAGCUUCAGACAUUGGAACUUUCCAAUAA